AUGGGCCAGAAAGCCUCCGUUCCACAACCUGGAGCACAAAUCCAAGUCAUCGGCGCCGGACUACCACGAACAGGAACCACAUCAUUCAGCCAAGCGCUAGAAAUCCUCCUGAACGGACCGGUGUACCACUGCGGCACACAAAUAUCGAUAGGCCCACCAACGGAGAUAAAAAGCUGGAUGCCAAUCCUGCAAAACUGGCUCAAACAAGAUGACAGUACAAGUCGGGAAAAGAUGCUCACCCUCCUGCGUCACCGAUUGGCCGGCUAUGUCGCAAUAACCGAUUCACCAGGCUCCGAGCUCGUCCCGGAACUCAUGGAGCUGUUCCCGGAUGCCAAGGUCGUCUGCACAACCCGUGAUCCCAUCUUAUGGGAGAGGAGUAUGCUUCACGUGCAGAGUUUGACUGGUGUUUGGUUUGCGCGUGUUGUUCUUCUCCCGCUGGACGGGUUGAGACAUUUUAUUCCGUAUGGGUAUUUGCUUGCCGCGCUUUGGGAGAGGCUUUAUGGUGGUGUUAUUGGUCAGCAUGGGAGGGAGACUUAUGCGAGUCAUGUUGCUUGGUUGAAGGAGGUUGUGCCGGAGGAUAGGUUGGUUUUUUUUGAUGUCAAGGAUGGGUGGGGACCGCUGUGUGAAGCCUUGAAUUUAGAGGCACCGGUUGAUGUGCCAUUUCCCCGUAUCAAUGAUUCGGAGGCGAUUGAAAGGUCUGUGAAUCGUCAUUUCCGGAGGGGCCUUACGCGCUGGGCUUGCAUUUUCGCUGUCUUUGGUGUUGGGGUGGCAGCUUUUCGCGCAUGGAGGUGA